AUGACACGCAAUGCAUUCAGCACCUCACUCUCAUCCGAGUCGACGGUCGAACAAUAUUCUGCCUCCCUUACAGCUUUCCUGGGAAUGCCCCUCAACGGUUUUCUGCGGCAGAGAGCUCACCCGAUUGUGGCUUCAUUCAAUUAUCACAAAGUUCUGCUCUAUGGUCUAGUGUCUACAAUUGCAGUUUCGGCAACCAUCACAAAUGCACUCCGGUAUCACAGUAAUUUCUAUUCUGUCGCAAUCUAUCUUUCAAAGAGUAAUAGAAGUGUAUUGAUACUUGCAAAUUUCGGCCUUCUUAUUGCAUUGUUGUGUGGGCAGCUCGUGCAACAGAUAUUCUUUGGUGCUCUUCGUCCUCAGGAGGUGGAGCGGCUUUAUGACCGACUAUGGUUUUUCAUCACAGAAUCUUUACUGGCGUUCACAAUAUUCCGGGAUGACUUUGAUAUUCCGUUUGCCUUGAUGUUCGGCUUUUUGCUGUUCGUUAGGUCAUUUCACUGGCUCGCUUCCGAUCGAAUUGAGUGGAUGGACCAACGUCCAUUUCCCGGCCCACCUACACUUUUUCAUAUUCGAAUGACCACUCUUUUUGUCAUACUUUGGUGCACAGAUCUAUUGAUGUUUGCGGUUGCGGUUGAAAGUACACUGAAAAACGGUAUAGGGGGCAUGAUGAUGUUUGCAAGCGAGGCACGUUAUGCCAUCUUGAUGGCGAGCGCUAUGAACACUACGGCAAAGUAUUGCAUUUGUGUCAUCGAUUUGAGACGCGCAAGGCAAAGGGGUGGCGAGAAUGCACCUCCAUGGCAGAACAAAAGCAUGUGGGUAUUCUAUAUCGAAUUGGUCACCGAUUUUUUAAAACUCAGUACAUACCUUUUAUUCUUCCUCCUUAUCGUGGCGUUCUAUGGGUUGCCGCUAAACAUCAUCCGAGAUGUUUAUCUUACCGGGCGGUCAUUUGUGACACGAUUACGCGCGCUUGUCCGAUAUAGAGCUGCCACCCGCAACAUGGAUGAGCGCUACCCUGACGCGAGCGAACAAGAAAUGUCGGCUAUGACAGAUAGAACGUGCAUUAUUUGCCGCGAGGAGAUGUCCGUCCAUGGCGUCUCUGGGAAUCCAGAAGGGGAAUCACACUCGAACCCUGCACAACAGAAUUCUGAUGGCCCCAACACUACCCCAAAGAAGUUGCCCUGCGGGCAUGUUUUCCAUUUCUAUUGUCUUCGAUCCUGGCUUGAACGUCAGCAAAGCUGCCCUACUUGUCGACGCAGCGUGCUUGAGACUCCCGCGCAAGAACAGCAGCGUGCUGCGGGUGCUCAGGCAGGAGUAAUACCUGGACAGCCAAUUAAUUUUGGCAACCCGGUGGCUCCAGGAAAUCAACCCCAAGCACCUCGCAAUGUUAAUAAUCAACAACCCCCGCCGAAUGCAGUUGCUCAGGGGUGGUUGCCCGGGCAAGCACCAGGCGUUGUUAUUCAAUACAACAUUCAGUACCAGGGCCCGCCACCUUCACGGGAUGCAUCUCAAGCUACGGCUACGGCUACCCCUCAACCUGUGCCUCACUUUCCUGGAUUCAAUGGCCUUGAUGGACAAUGGCGUCAGUGGGGUAUGGAUCCCCGAUGGUUUGGUGACGGGCCUUCGGGCGCCUCAGGUCAACCCUCGGCCGUCGCAGGUGACUCGCGGCUGAAUCCCCAAGAAGCUGCUGCCGCCGCCGCAUUGCAGCGAAUUGGGCACAAGAAUACCCAGAGACCCCAUGAUGAGGCACCUGCAUCAUCCAAUGAUACACCUGCUACCAAGCCUGACUCUGGUGAGGCGCCGAACGUAUCACCUCCUGAUAUCAGUGUUUCUUCUGCCAUGCCAGAUCCAGAAUUGGCAAUCCCUUCUUUCAUUCCAUUACACGCCCAUGAAAUUCCCUCCCGAAUAGGGACAUCACAAGGCGUUAACCCGUCCCACACGCACUUGUGGCAAUCACUCUCACCAUCCUUAAAUAGUGAUGUGGUACCUCCGCUAAAUCUUGGCGCUUCUGUCCACGUGGAUGCCGCUCAGACGCCAUUACGUAGCCUGCCACCCAAUCUGACAGACGAGCAGCUGAUGCUCAUGGAUCGGAUUACUCGAGAAGCCAUUGAUGAGAGACUCAGGAUACUCGAAGGAGUUUCGGUUGCAGUGAAUCGUUGUGUGGAUGAUCUCACUCGAGUACGAAGCGCCUUGCCAGUUUCCAGUGACACGUCUUCAACUGUUGCCCAAUCACACGAUCCUUCACCUUCCUCUGCUACUGAAGAGUCUAACACGUAA